UAACACUAACAAAUAAAUUUAUUAUCAAAUUAACACAAUAUUCAAAUAACUUAAUUACAUUAUGUUAAAUUGACACUUGGAUAUGUUAAAAAUUCAAUACAAACGAUUUAACAAAGAUCAAUUUUAACACAAAUACAAAAUGACUGCGUUUAGAAAAAAAGCAGCUUUGUAACAGUUGUAAAAUUCUUCAACAUAAUUGGUUUUUUCUCUUAGUUCUUGUAUCUAAUUACAUAAAUCAAUUAUUUAAAAGAAUUUUAUAACAGUUGCAAAGCUGCUUUUUCUACUGAAAAGCCGCCAGUGUUUUUUAUUGUGUGCGUAUAUGAACAUACCCAGAUAGCCAAAUGUUGCAGUUAUGUUGCCAAUAAUCGUGCAGUAACUAAUUUAUACAAACUCGGAACAAGGUGAGAUAGCAUUAUGUCUGUUAGAUUGAACUCAUAUAAAUUCUAUUUUUAUCAAUGGCAAAUUGAUAGCAACAUGUCAGCAUUAAUUUAUCAAUCAUUUGUUGUUGCCAUAUUGCUGUUAUAUUGCAAAUAAUAUAAUGUAUCAUUAUUGCUGACCGUUUCCUUUUUUAAAUGUUCUCAACUGAUUGUACGUAUAAGUAAUCAUGUUGCUGAAUUCGUAAUGUGUUUUAUUUCGAUGUCAACAAAUGUAUAGCAAAUCUAUAACAACACAUGCAAUACAUUAAUUUGCUUAAAAUGCUACAACACGCUUGGUUAUCUGGGUAUAUGCUUUUUUUUUAAACCCCUUCUUGACCUUCUUCCCGCUUCUUCUUCUCUCCCACUCGUCUGUCUUUCUUCAUAACUUUAUAUAGAUACAGCAGCACGAAAAUUGUCCGCAGAAUUCAUCAGAUGGUUCUCUGCUUUAUAGUUAACGUGUUCUAUACUCAUGUACUAUACUCGUGAAAGGUUUUAAUCAACAUAAGAACGGAACUUGUACUACUUCAGUGACGAUCUUGGCAUGCGAACAUAACGGGUUAGUUGCCGUAAACAGUUACUGUAGAGUUGUGGACGGUACCUGAAGUGCGCAUCGUGAAGCCGUGCAAGAGAAACAUCGUAAAAAUGUGGCCAUUUCAUUGUCAGUGUACCAGUAAAGUAAGACUUGUCGGCAAAACCGUAGUUAUAACUGGCGCGAAUACUGGAAUCGGCAAGGAGACCGCUAGAGAUUUCUAUAGAAGAGGAGCAAGGGUAAUUUUGGCUUGUCGAGAUCUUCAAAGAGCAAGUGAUGCAGUUGAUGAUUUAAAAAAAAAUCCUCCUUCAAAGGCAGACAGAGAACAAUUUCAAGGCAAUCCAGGUGAGCUUGUGAUCUAUCAAUUGGAUCUCUGUAGUUUGAGAAGCGUAAAAGAAUGUGCGAAAAACUUGUUGAAAAAAGAACCAGCCAUUCAUUUGUUAAUAAAUAAUGCUGGCGUGAUGAUGUGUCCACAAGAGAAAACUGAGGAUGGAAUCGACUUGCAGCUGCAAACGAAUCAUAUUGGUCACUUCCUUCUAACACUUUUGCUAUUACCAAAAAUGAUGUCCUCUGGUCCUGGUUGUAGAAUACUGAAUGUUUCAUCGUGUUUACACGUGUUUGGCGUUAUACAUAAUGAUCUAAAUUUAGAGAGAACAUACACUCCCUUUAAAGCAUAUGCACAAAGUAAAUUAGCAAACGUAUUGUUCACCAAGGAACUCGCUCGUCGAUUAACAGAAGCAAAUAUUAAUGGAGUAAACAUAUAUUCUUUGCAUCCUGGCAUUAUUACGACAGAAUUAGGCCGACAUUUUAGUACAACAGUGUGUCCAGGUGCAAGCACAAUUUUUCGAAGUUUUUUGCGACCAUUUUUAAAAAAUCCUGAACAAGGUGCACAAACGACUAUAUAUUGUUCAGUGGACGAGAAGGCGGGUAAUGAAACUGGUCUCUAUUACAGCGAAUGCAGUGUUGCAACUCCACAGAGACAAGUACGAAAUAGACAAAUUGCCGAAAAUUUGUGGAAUCAAACCUGUCAGCUUCUGAAUUUAGAACCUGAUAAAGACUUCUUCAAAUUUUUAGAAAACGUUUCACAUCAAAUUGCUGAAAUAUAAUUUCUAAUAUAAUUAUAUUUAAUUGUAUUCAACAUAUUUUAAUUUUAAAAU